AAUGCGAACUUCGUCCAUUAGUCCCAGCACUUUUCGCGUGUUUGGUUAGAAGAUGCAGUUUUGAUUAGAUUAAAAAUUUUAAAUUAGAAUAAAUAAAAUAUUUAUUUCAUUUUUUAAAAACCUCAUUAGGACGAAUACGUUUUCAAUUAAGGAACAGCUUUCCACCUGGGAUUAGAUCCUGCAACAUGCUGAGUACGUCCCAACUGCUGUACAGCCUGUCGGCUGUCGUGUUUGCUGGUGUAUGGGCGGGGCCUACGCUGAACGUCGUCGACCUGAACACGCCCACUCUGCAGAAGUUGUACGGGACACAGAGGAACCGGAAGGAGUUCAAACUCUGCCGGAUAUUCAAGUGUCUGUACGUGGAGAUGGGUUGUGCCGACCUGCCCCUCAAGCAGGAUGACGAUUUGUGCCGGGGGAAGCUGUACGAGUCUCUCAAGAUGGCCGACAGCCGCACGUGUCCAUGGCGACCCUGUGAGGGGUACGACCAGCCUGAGCACCACUUCUGCCAGCCUGGACCCACCGAGUGUCCCGUGACCGACGUCCCCCACGGGCUGUGUGGGGAGGGGCAACGCUGCUGUUCCACCAAACCCGUUCGUUCACCCGACACGCCCGAAUUCGGCGCCACGUUCACCGGCACCCCCCUGACCACCAGCGCCCUAGUUUCGUCCUCCGCCAAGCCCGCAUCACCCUCACGGGCGCCGCCCCACCCACCGGCGCCCCACGAGAUAAUCAAUCCGUCCCUGCAACAGCCGUACGUCCGAGAGAGCACGCCCUACUGUGAGGACUCCAACUACCCCGGCAGGCGGUGUUUGCUGGGCGCCUUCUGCUCGUUUGACCCUGCGGAUAAGAUGGUGCCCAACCAUAUAUGCAACAACCCUGAAGAGAUUUGCUGCGAGUCGACUUUAUGAACCUAGCGCCUGGCUCAUCUGGUUAGCAAGAAGAUGGAGUGCGGUUUUUUCCAACCAUUUCAUGUGUGUGUUUAACGUUGCGAGAUUUAUUAGAAGGAAAACAUUUGCGCUGUAUAAUUUUAGGAUCCGGUCUGCGACACACAGACACACUGUGACACAAUUACAAACAAAUGCAAUCUUACGUACACGCAAACACACACAUAUCACACAUUCACACGAAAAGACAUACACACAUAGAUACACACACACAAAGAGACACUCACACAAACACACACAUACACACACGCACAAACACACAUAUUCACAGACACACGGGCGCAGACACACACAUAGAUACAUACAGACACACACACAAACACACACAUACACCAUACACAUACAAAGGGACGUAUAUGUAUCGAUAUAGAAGGGGGUCAUCCAUAGAUGACGUCACAUUCCAGGGCAGGGGUCGGACUAAUGAUGGCGUGUGAUGAGAGAUUCUAGGGAUAUACCGACGUGGGUGGAAGCAUUGACAUUUUUUAGACUGAAGGACCAUAACAUUGAGAGAAAAAACUUUUCUUUUGUUUUUAGUUCUAGUUAGUGGCGAGGGUGGGGUAGUGGUAGAACUUGCGUCUUCAUUUUAAGUGGGUGGGGUGGGUGAAAUCCUGCUAAUUAAGUCAAUCCUUAAAGGUCUUGAAACAUUUUUAAAAUAUUAAAAAAUGUGUUUUGCACUUUGUAAAAUGUGUAAAAUUUUUUUUGAUAAACAAAACAUAGCUCUGAUUUGUAUAUGUGUGCAUAUGUGUGUGCGGCGUUGUGUGGUAGGUAUAACACAAUAGUGUAGCUGUAAGAUAGGUAUUCUGUCGCUGGGAGUAAAUGCAACAAGACCAUUAGGAUACUUCCUCGAGAUUAUACGAUGCCGAAUGUUCAUAGAACAUUAUCGUGAUAUUAAAACCUG